AUGAGUGGUCCCAGCGAUAACAAGUAUGCUCGAACUGUACCAUUUCGCUUCAGCUUCGCUAAUUGUUUUCUUAGAUGGCGGGGUGGACCCAGUCGUCAGGCCUCACAGCGCAACGCGAAUCGGGAUAAGACAGGAGGCCAAGGCGGCGCCCGCGAGAACAAUAAUGCAUGGGGAAUGUCAAACCCGCCACAGGAGCAGCAUGUUCCAGUUCGAGGCUUCAACACUGCGGAGGUGAAGAACAUCCUUAAGAAAGGACCUCGAGAAACCAAAUCAUGCACGCCCUACAAAAGCACAACCAAGGAUGGCCCAAACCAACGAUCGACUCCAUCGGGCCCUAAAGCACACUUUAUGGGCAACGGAAAGGACUUCUUUGUUGAGCUCCGAAAACAGAUCGCUGCGCUGCAGCGCGGGGGCCCCCCUGUCGGAGGCUAG